UCUCAUCAGCACCUUCUUUGCUACUGAGUUGAAAGCUCACCCUCGUUGCUGGUUCAAGUGGUUCAUGGAUGCUGUCUCCUCGUGGGCUACUGGUGCUGCGACUGAUCCCUGCAUGGCAAAAGAACAAGGAAUGUGGAGAUCACAUGUGCUGCUGUAUUGGUUGCUCCUGUGCCUCUUUCUCCUGCCACUGACUCAAGCAACAGACCGCUUGAAGACUUCGGUGGUCUCCUCCUCUGCGCGGCGCCUGCUGUUUCCUUCCACAUCUCAGUCCAUGAAGCUACACCCGAAGAACUCCACCUCGACCACCACCUCCAAGUUCCAAGAAACCGAGCAUGAGGUCCCCAGCGGCCCCAACCCAGUCUCAAACAGACUCCUUGUGAAGCAUCAGUCUGCAAAUACCAGUAGCUGUGGUAAUUGCUUUUGUACACAUAUCCCAAUAUAUCAUUGAAAGAGGUGGUAUUAUUGAAGAUAUAAACUUGGUAAGUUGGUCUUCUACUGUUUGCUUCAUCGACCAAGAUCAAACCAUCAAUCAUGAUAAACAAUCAAGGAAACAUAGAUCAAAAUUUAGCUGUAUACGAUUGGAACCCAGAACAUAGAUGAAUAGUUCAUAGCAGUAGAAUAAAGGAUAGAGAGUAAAGGCAGAAUAAAGGGAGGGGGGAAAGAAAUACAUGAAUAUAGUAUAUCAUUGAGAUUGAGACUUAAAAAUGUUCUCACUGAUGAUGUCUUC